CAGGUUCGUGGACCUGCGUAUCGCGAUUUCGGUUUCAUAUCGCAUAUCGUUACAGCCCUAAUUAUUUCCUGUAAUAUCAUGAAUUAUACUUUGAAAAAUAGUAUUUUGAAACAACAAAAAAAAGCCACAUAAAUAGUUUUGGCCCCACAUUAUAGCUUAAUUUAGACAUUUCCAAAAUGUAAAAAGUUGCAGUUUUUCAUAUUUUCUGACCACCACAUCAUUGACCUCUAUACUAUUUGAUAAACUCGUUAUGUGCGCUUAAAAGGCCCGAAAACAGUUUCUAAGAAACUUGCCACGUGAAUCCCUGACAGUCCUCCUCCUCAUUUGAAAAACGCCCCGCACGCGUGCAUCAGUUAAAUCGCGCGCUUUUACCGCAAGCUGUCAUUAUCAGCGACGGUUGUGCUUUCUUACAUGAACAUUUACUGACACUCACUGCUCAUGAAUAUUUCUCAGAGUAGUGCAGGUCUUGGCACCGUGCUGCCUCUUACUAGUUUCGAGAACGUUCUUUUGUUUCUCUUCAGUAUAAUCCUCGCCACCGCCAUCAUUUUCCUCAACGUGUCCGUGUUUCUGUCCAUCGUGAUGAACAGAUCCCUGCGCAGCGAGAACCGCUUCAUGUACAUGCUCAGCACGUGUCUCAGUGACAUCUGCUCGGGCGUCUCGUAUUAUUAUGUUGGAGUUCUGGAUGUACGCGAUUAUUAUGACUCUCCGACUCGCACUUUUUACAUCGCUCCCGUUUUUCUAGGUCUGUCCUAUAUGGCGAUUCUGGCCGCGCAGGCGGACCGUUACCACGCGGUCUCAGCGCCUUUCAAAUACUCGCAGCGCAUGACCCGAAACAGAACCCUGCUGGUGAUUAUGGCCUACUGGCUUUAUGCUUUUUCGAUUGUGGCUGUUAAUAAUUUGGUGACUAUGGGGGUCGCUAAGAUAGUGACGGGCUACGGUACUUUUGUGGCGAACUUUUUCACCGUCAUUAUCAUGAUUGGUUUGAACUUCAAGCUGUUUUUCAUUGCCAGAUUUCAGCUAGAACGCGAACCGCCGAGCGCGGAACGGGACAACAAGCGCGCGUCCAUUUACCUCAUCAUAAUAGUAGCCAUGUGUUUUCUGAUCGCGUGGUUGCCAUUGUUUCUUCACGUAAUUGUGUGUACUUUUAGGGGGACCUCGUGCUAUCCGUUUAAAAAUGAUGGCACAGACCCUGUGCGCAUUUUGGCACGUCUCAAUGCGAUCAUCACACCCUUAUUGUAUAUCAGGGGCUGUACUGCACUCAGGAACACCUUGCUAAAUAAAGUCUGGAGAACACAAUGCUGCAGGAUGAAAGGAGUGAACCCACAGAAUGUAAAGAAGACUGAAGAUGAGAUGUUGCAGUGAUCUCCAGGAUGUGGCAAACCCAAACCAUAUAUAUAUUCACUACAUAUUUGUGAAUCUAAAACAUAAGAAAAAUCUAAAAUCAGGAAACUGCCCUUUUUUCCAUUUGACAUGUCUGCUGUACAAUGUUUUGAUUGAAAUGGUAGCUUUUAAUUGGGGCAAAUGUAUUAUUGCUAAGGCUAUUUAAUUUCACUUUUUUUAUGAACUAACUUGUUGAAGGCCUAUAAUAAAGUGCCACAAGCUAUAAGAGUGAUGAGAGAUUUGCUUUUUCUCUGAAUGUAUCCAAAAGGCAAUGUACUUUUUAUCCAUUGUUGUUUUAAUUCUAAUAGCUUCUGCAAACUAAAGUAUGAUAAUCAUUUUAAAAUGUUUUAUUAUAAAUUGUUUUUUUUAUCUAAAAAUGUAAAACAUUGUAUGUGACAUAAAACUGAGAAAUGUAAAAAAAAAAA